AUGAGCCAACCACCGCGCAGCUUCUUCCCGACUUCAGACAUCGACCAUGCCGUGGCAGGUCUCGGAGCGGGAGUCGUCGCGGUCCUGUGCAUGCACCCGCUCGACCUGCUCAAGGUCAAGCUCCAGGUCGCGACAACCCCACCGAAGGGUGGCAUAGGGCGUAACAUAUGGAGAUCGCUCACGGAUAUCAAACAUGAGGGCGGGUGGAAGGGUUUGUAUCGAGGCGUUGUCCCGAAUAUUGCGGGCAAUGCGAGCAGUUGGGGACUUUACUUCUUACUGUACAAUUACUUGAAAAGACAUGGGACGGGCAACGACCCCAACAACAAGCUCUCGGCGGGCAAAUAUCUCAUGUAUUCAGCGGAAGCGAGUGCCGUAACUGCUAUCGUGACCAACCCCAUAUGGGUGGUCAAAGUUCGCAUGUUCACGACCCGACCGGACGAUCCCCACUCGUAUCGGGGACUAUGGCAUGGUCUAUCGACGAUAGCGCGUACUGACGGUGUGCGUGGGCUUUGGCGGGGCACCUCCCUUGCCCUCGUAGGCGUCAGCAACGGCGCGAUCCAGUUCAUGGCCUACGAAGAAAUGAAGCGGUGGGGGUUCGAGCGCAAGAAGAGGCAGUUUGCGAAGGAAGGAAAGCCGUAUACCGCGGCCGACGAUAAACUUUCGAACACAUCCUACACCCUCAUGUCCGGCGCGUCUAAACUGUUCGCGUUAAGUACUACGUACCCGUAUCAGGUCAUCCGAUCGCGGAUACAGAACAAUGCCACCACUCACUUAUACCCUACCAUACCCGCGUGCAUAAAACGGACCUUUGCCGAGGAAGGCUUCAAGGGCUUCUUCCGUGGUUUAGGCACGAACUUCGUCCGCGUCCUCCCCGGUACAUGCGUUACAUUCGUCGUAUACGAAAACCUUGCGUGGCUAUUCCGGACGUCGGCCGCCAAGGGCUGGAGCUUUGGACAUUGA